AUUUCCAUUUCCGCAUUUAAAAGCGGCACGCUGAUUAUAGGUGAAUGUAGGAUAGAUUACUGCAAAUGACUUCAUUUUUCAAAUUACUUAUUCAGCCUAUUUAACCAAGAUGUCAGCCAUUCAACGAAGAAAAAGGCGACCAAAUGGAGGGCAUAGGAAAGACACCCCCGAUGUAAAAAUAAUGAAAUCCAUGGACUCUUUUGGUCGAUCGAUCUCAUCAAUAGAUUACCAGUUGACUCAGAAAUGCAGUAUUUGUGCCCGACCAAACUCUCAACUGGGAAGUUUAAGACCCCUGAUGAAAGUCCUGGAAAUUUCAUGUCACGGGAUUCCGUGGUUAUUAGGAACUGUUGGUUUGCUUUUGUCUGUUCAUAAGCAUGAACAUUUAGAAAUCCUUAUGAACUUAUUAAUAGGACUGAUAGGAGAUCUUAUUAUUAUUGCUGUACUGAAGAUGCUUGUUCAGCGAGAACGACCAGCACUUAACAAAUCUGAUAUGUUUGCUACGGUCUCAGUCGAUAACUACUCCUUCCCAUCAGGUCAUUGUUCCAGGGCUAUCAUGCUAGCUUACUUCUCCUCAGAGAAAGCAAAUUUAGAGGCCCCUAUACUUGGACUGGUUGUCCUUUGGGCACUUGUGGUUUCCUUAUCCCGACUUCUCCUUGGUAGACAUUAUUUCAGCGAUGUAGUGUUUGGAAUGAUCCUGGGAGCCCUGGAGUUCAAACUUCUGGCCUAUUACUGGCUGUCAAAAGAGAACUGCAUGUUUGUUUUAGAACCAUUUUUUGCACAUUUUCAUUUGUGAAAGCUGAUCAUCCAUUUUUAAUGUUGGUCAGAAUUAGUGAUUGAAAAAAAAGAAGUAAACAUUUCACCUUGGAGAUAUACAUGUAGUACAAACUAGUUCAAAUAUGCAAGAUAAUACACAUAUACUGUAUAGAAUAAUUUGUUUUUAAAAUGUCGUAUACAUGUAUGAUACUUAAUUUGUGCACUAAUUGUGAUUAUUUAUGAAUUGUUCAUAUUUGUGAUAUAUUUUUACUUAUGGUUUAUACACUGCUGAGAUUGACUGAGCUCUUGGAUCAAUUUUUGAACAUAAUUUUUUUCUUGACUGACAAGCUGUCCUUCACAAAUAAUAUAUGACUGAUAUCAACCAUGAAAAUGUUGUCAAACUUCUCAACUUAUUUUUUUGCAGCUAGCUUCUGCUAUGAAAUCUGAAAAGUUGGAUAUAUGUGUUGAAAUACCAGGUUUAAACUUUAAAGUAUUAAUGUGCUUACAUAGAUACAACAAGAAGUAUAAUAUGAUAAUAGUAGGCACAAUAAUUAACUUAUACUACAUAGUAUAUUCAAUGCCUUUGUUGGUAUAUAUGAUUUUGAGAAAUUGAUUGAAUCGAAAAACAAUAAAUUUUUCUGUGUGUGAUCAUA